CUCCGGAAGCAAUUAAUUCCGCAAACGCACAAGUCAACAAACGUGCAGCUAGCUGAGCGCGAUCGUGCUGGGUGUCGUGACGUGUGCGUGCAGUGGCUAAAGCUAGUAGCAAUCGCAUCUUACCAGUAGGUAGUAGCUAGCCGGCCGGCGACGAUGGGUGCGCCGGCGUUCGUCGUGGCCGCCGCGGCGGCGGUUCUCCUGUGCGGCGCCUUGGCGCGCGCGCAGGACAUGGACAAGGAGUGGGCGCGGCCGCCGUACCGCGGGUUCUUCGGCGCCCCCGGGUCGAUGCUGCCGCAGUCGGACGUGGACCUGCUGGAGUUCCCACUGAACCUCGAGUACCUGGAGACGGAGUUCUUCUGCUGGUCCGCGCUCGGGUACGGCCUGGACGCCAUCGACGCCAACCUCACCGGCGGUGGACCGCCCUCCAUCGGCGGCCAGUCCGCCAGCCUCACCCCCUUCAUCCGCGACAUCGCCACCCAGUUCUGCUACCAGGAAGUCGGGCACCUCAGGGCGAUCAAGCAGACGGUGAGGGGCUUCCCGCGGCCGCUGCUGGACAUCAGCGCGGCCAACUUCGGCAAGGUGAUCGAGCAGGCGCUGAACGCGACGCUGGACCCGCCCUUCAACCCCUACGAGAACAGCGUCAACUUCCUCAUCGCCUCCUACAUCAUCCCCUACGUCGGCCUCACCGGCUACGUCGGCGCCAACCCCAAGCUCUUCACCCCUCAGGCCAGGAAGCUGCUGGCGGGGCUCCUGGGGGUGGAGUCGGCGCAGGACGCGGUGAUCCGGACGCUGCUGUACGAGCGCGGGAUGACGCAGGUGUCGAGCUACGGCGUCGGGGUGGCGGAGGUCACGGCGCACAUCUCGGACCUGCGGAACGAUCUGGGGCGGAGGGGCGUCAAGGACGAGGGGCUGGUGGUGGCGCCCGGGCAGGGGCCCGAGGGGCUCACCGUCGGGAACGUCAUCGCCGGCGACCACCUCUCGCUCGCCUACGACCGCACGCCGGAGGAGAUCCUCGGCAUCGUGUACGGCACCGGCAACCCAGCCCAGCACGGCGGCUUCUUCCCGCAGGGCGCCGACGGCCGCAUCGCCAGGGGGUUGCUCGGCGUGUAGCGCACGGGCGAGCGUGGCGUGACAGGGGCCAACAAGGGGUGGUGCACAUGUUAAUUUGUGUGUGAAAGUGGAGCCCGCAAGCUGUAGACUAUACAUGUGUGUUGGCAUCAUGUAGGUGACGUGUUGUGUGACCUUGCGAAGCGUGGGUAAGCUGGGAUAUGCAUGUGUAUGGAAAUAACCUGAAUAAAGGGAUGCGCUGUAUAAUUAUGCGCAAAGGCGACACAUGUGUUUGAUGGGUCGCAACUUUUUCUUUUAUC